AUGGACAAUGUAAAAAUUUUCUCAAUAUUUUCAAAUUCCUUAAAUGUGCGUUUAUAUGAUAAUGAAACUGAUGACAGUGAAACUGAUGAUGGUAAAAUCGAUGAUAGUGAAAUUGAUGAUAAUGAAACUGAUGAUAAUGAAACUGAUGAUAAUGAAACUGAUGAUAAUGGUGAAUACCAUGAUAAAGAUAAUAAUGAUAGUAAGAAAUGUUAA